GGCCCGCGGAUUGGCUGCGCGGGUGGCCUGACGGGCCCCUCCCCCGCCCCCGGGAGCUGCGUGACAGCGCCUUGCCCGCCGUGCCGUGCCGUGCCGUGCCGUGCAGUGCAGCCGUGCGUGACAAGAGCCGUGUUCUCCACAGAGCAGAGAUGCGGCUCCUCCUGUACAUCGCCUGCUGCAUCCACGCAGCACUAAGUUCGGAAGACUUCAUCAGGAGAAGAAGAAAUGUGGAUCCCGAGGCAACAAUGAAUAUUAGUGAAAUUAUUACCUUUAGAGGGUACCCCAGUGAGGAGUAUGAAGUAAUGACUGACGAUGGAUAUAUCUUAAGCAUUAACAGAAUUCCCCAUGGAAGAGGAAAAUAUGGAAGGAAAGAGGGUCCAAAGCCAGUUGUAUUUUUGCAACAUGGUUUGCUUGCAGAUGGCAGUAAUUGGAUCACCAACUUGGACUACAACAGUCUGGGCUUUAUGCUAGCAGAUGCUGGCUUUGAUGUUUGGUUGGGAAACAGCAGAGGAAACACCUGGUCCAGAAAGCACAAACACUAUACAGUGAAUGAAGAUGAAUUCUGGGUUUUCAGUUAUGAUGAAAUGGCAAAAUAUGAUCUUCCAGCAUCUAUAAAUUUUAUUGAGAAGAAAACUGAGCAGAAGAAAAUAUAUUAUGUUGGCCAUUCACAGGGCACAACUAUUGCCUUCAUUGCCUUUUCAACUAUUCCAAGCUUGGCAAAGAAAAUCAAAUUAUUUUUUGCUUUGGCACCUGUAGCCACAGUCAGAUUCUCCAAUAGCCCUCUGGUAAAACUGGGAAAGAUUCCAGACCUGAUGCUUAAGAUUAUAUUUGGAAAGAAACAAUUCCUGCCCCAAAAUUGGAUACAGAAGUGGCUUGCUACCCAUAUUUGUACCCACAAAUUACUUGAUGACCUUUGUGGCAAUAUCUUCUUUCUUCUCUGUGGCUUUAAUGAAAGAAAUUUAAAUAUGAGCCGAGUUGAUGUGUAUUCAACACACUGCCCUGCAGGGACAUCUGUACAAAACAUGAUUCACUGGAGCCAGGCUGUGAAAUCUGGUCAACUCCAAGCUUAUGACUGGGGAAGCAGAGCUGCAAAUUGGUUUCACUAUAACCAGACCACACCUCCCUUCUACAAAGUAAAAGCAAUGACUGUGCCAACUGCUGUGUGGACUGGUGGACAUGACUGGCUUGCAGACCCAAAGGAUGUGAACGUGUUGCGCUCUCAGAUCCCAAACUUGGUUUACUACAAAAAUAUUCCUGAAUGGGAACAUUUGGACUUCAUCUGGGGUCUUGAUGCACCCAAGUACAUGUAUAAUGAAAUCAUUAACCUGAUGAAAAAAUUUCUGUGAACUGUCUGGUAUCUUGGGGAUUAAUCUUUCUAAAUUCCUCUUUUGAAAUGUUUAUUUUUAUGGCAAGAGCAAAUAGAUCUUUAUUUAUGAUGCAUUUUUAAAAUGCCUAUAAUUACUACCGAAAUGGAUUAAUAUCUGUUUUUGGCAUACACAGGGCAUGUCUACACGUGCAUUUAUGCUGGCUUAAAUUUACUGUGCAGUGAGUUACUUCACAGUAAGCAGUAGUAGGCCGGCAUCUACGCGUACAGGCAUUAAAGUGUGUACAGUGUUACUGCAUAGCAAGGCAUCUACAUGUAUGUUACUGUGCAGUAACUAAUUGGGCAUAAAUUUGAUAUCUGCAUGAUGCAGGUAUCGAAUUUACGCUCAAGUCAGAGUAAAUUGCCAUAUUUACUGUACAGUAUGGGCGUGCACAUGUAGAUGCAAACCUGUACUGUGCAGUAAUUUUGGUUAUUGUGCAGUAAAUGCACGUGUGUAGAUGUGCCCACAGAGUAUUAUUUCUCUCUCACCACAAAAUUCUUUUUCCUAUCCUGCUGUUUUCAUGAAGUUGAGAAGACAGCAGCGGGACCUUCAACCAUGGAGGCAUUACAUUCAUGCAGAUUUAAGGAUAGGUUUGAAAGACAAAUUAACACACUCAUCAUUUCAACAGCUUGAAAGUUCAAAGAAUAAGUACUUCACCUUGAACAAUACCUCCACAGAUAUUUAAAAACGACCUCCCAGAUUUUGUCACUGGUGCUAUUGAAGAGAUAUUUUUGGCACUGGCAGUACAGCAAGCCUUUCUAAAAGUCAUCUUCUUGUUUUCCUUGCACCGUAAUCUUUAUUUAGCCAUAUUUCAAAAUAAAAUGAUAGGUUACUUUAGUUCAAAGUUUUAGCCCAGAAGUGUGGUGCAAUUUUGCAGUGCCAAAUGGAAUUGCUUCUUUGGCCUUGAUAAGUUUGUCAUUCCCUGUGUAUCCAAAAUAAUGAAUCACUGAAACUGGACCACAGUCUUUCAUGUUUAAAGGUUCAAGGCUUGAUGAGCAUUGUUGCUUACCAUUUGUCCUUGCAAAAUGGUUAAAAGAAAAUACCACUUUCUGUAAUGCUGGUACUAGAUUCUGAUUUGCAAGGGAAAGGAUGGAAGAUGUUGGUAAUAAAUCUUGUUUGCACGGAUGAAUGACCACUAGAGAAAAAAAGACUCCAAUAUGUGACAUUGGCCAAGAAGGGGCCAAGGGCAGUUAUUUAGUGGCUCAGGUAUACUAUGCUUUCAUAAUUGCUUAAUUAGCUGCUGAUGCAAUUAUUAUCUUAGCUAUUUAUAUGUUGUUCUUCACUGUAGAAUUUUCUCACAACCCUGUGGGGCAUGGCAGUAUUGUCCCUGCUUUGCAUACAGGAAGCUGAGGCAUAAAGUGACCUGUCUAAAGUCACAUAAUAUUUUUUUGGUUGAGCAGGAGUUGAACCCAGGUCUCCAGAAUUCCAGUCCACAACCUCCAUCUGAAAGGUAGCUAUUUUUCAUUAGUGCCCUUUUCUCCUCUGUGUUUAAAAUGUUGAAUUUAUGUACAAGUAAUGGAGAAUAUUUUUAAAGAAGUUAGAAAAAAUAUAAGCCAUAACUCGUGGGGUUUUUGUUUUUUUUAAACUUCUUGGUCAGGCUCAGGGAGUCCUUCAGGCUAAGGUUACAUUAAUUAGAGAAAACAGUUCUUGAUUGAUAUUUCAGUUAUGGCUCUUAAGAGGGUCCAUAAGCAUGCUUUAUAUUGCUAGCAUUGGUGUUUGUUUUAAAAUUAUUGUAAUGCAAAGAAAUCUCUAAAAGAGUCUAAAGUGGUAAGAACAGCUGUUGUGACAGUACAUGACAUAGCAAAGCGAUGCACAUUGUACUCAUUAAAGCUUUAAAUAUUUUCAGUGAAA